AUGACCGAGAGUCGUGUGUUCGCCGCCGGCGAGCACGUUUUCCGAACUCACGAUGAUUCCACGUUACAUUACACGGUUCAUGGGGCUGGUCCAUUAGUUGUCGUUCUCCCUCCAGCGUGGGGAAUUGGAUCCCAGUAUCUUCAGGAUGGGCUCGCGUCGCUGUACGGGGGCUGCACAUUGUUAUUUCUUGAGCUUAGAGGAAAUGGAAAGUCCAGCAGGCCUCCAGCAUCGCGAAUGACGAGUUGGCAUCUUGCCGAGGAUGUCGAGUUUCUGCGCCAGGAAUUGAAACUUGAAAUGAUACCAUGCCUCAUGGGUCAUUCUGGAGGUGGCACCGUUGCACUAUGGUAUGCGAUAAGGUUUCCCGAAAAAGUCCAAAACCUUGUUCUGUUAAAUCAUCAGUUGGAGGGAUUUGAUGAUUCCGAGUCAAUGAAGGCUAUUCUCCAGCAAAAGCAAAAGGAUCCCAAAUUACGACCGGCUCUCGACGCCUGGACUACCUCGUGGGACAAUGCCUCUGAUGAGGAAUUUGCGGCAUUCUUUCGAACCUUUCUUCCAGUGUAUUUCUACGAUCCAAAAAGCUGUGACUUAGUGCCUUCACUGAGAGCUCUAUCUUCUAUACCAGUGUGGAAUUACCAUCUGUUGCAUGGAAAGAGUGCAUCUCAAAGGAACCAAGAGGCUGAGUUGGAUUCAGUGAAAGCGCGGACGUUGCUUAUCUUCGCGACAGAUGAUCCAAUUUGUACACCGACGCAAGGAAUGGCAACUAAGAAUGGUAUUGCUGGUUCCAAAUUGGUGUUGUACGAUAAAUGCGGGCAUUUCCCUUGGAUAGAGAGGAAGGAGGAGGUUAUCAAAGAACUUCAGGAGUUCUUCCCUUAG